AUGCUGGAGAAGCAAAUGCGUGAAGAGGAAGAAGAACAGGAGAGACUGCUGCAGGAGGAAGUUCUGCGAGAGCGGAAGUUGCAGCUGGAACGCAUGAAGGCCAGACAGCAGUCGUUUGAGGAAGAUAUGAAGAUUCUCGACGAAGAAAUGAGUAAGCUGAAAUGUUCUGCGAAAAAAAGCAAAAUAAAGAAGGACGUCGAUCCCGGAGAAGGUGUGUCGACAGCAAAUCGGACCCCACUACGCAAUCCCGAAAUUGGAAAGUUGUCAGAGCAAAACUUGAUGCAAAUCAAGAAGUCAUUGGUCAACGAAUCUGGAAUAGACGAUACCAGUGAUGAGGGCGCCAACAGCGAUUCUGAUGGAAACGAUACAUCUAGCGAAGAGUCUGAUAUUACGCCGAUUGGAGGAAGAAAGGUGUUUGGUAGCAAAGCUAAAUGCAGCUCUGAUAAUUCGAGCCAAAACGGACAAGGGCGUUCACAACAUGGACCGACAAAAAUUCAGUUAGCCGCGAGAAGUGGUAUUUGCAAGAAACUCCCCACUUUCUCUGGCAAGCCGGAAGAAUGGCCAUUAUUUUACGGUUCGUACCAGGCAUCAAAUGAAGCUUGUGGUUACACUGACAUCGAGAAUCUGGUCCGCCUGCAAGAAUGCCUUAAGGGUCCGGCUCUUGACAUGGUCCGAGGCCAACUACUCCUACCAAAAUCCGUCCCUAAGGUUAUAAUAAAGUUGCGACAGCUGUACGGCCGACCGGAACAACUUCUACAGAGUCACCUAGAAAAGGUUCGUAGCCUGGAACCGCCGAAAGUAGGCAAAUUAGCUAGUUUUAUUCCAUUCGGGACGGCGGUCGAGCAGUUGUGUGAACACCUGGAAGCAGCGAAUCUCAAGCAACACUUGGUGAAUCCGUUGCUUAUUCAAGAUCUUGUAGAUAAAUUGCCAGACAACGACAAACGUGAAUGGGUGCGCUUCAAGCGUGGGAAGAAGAAAGUGACACUCCGGACUUUCACGGAUUUCGUAUCUGAAAUCGUGGCGGAAGCGUGCGAAGCGAAUGUCGGUCUGGAAUACAAACCAGCGAACAAACCUUCUGGUGAUGGACGUUCGGGAGCCGGGAACAGCAAAACUAAGGCAGCAUUGCUACAUCACAGCGAAGGAGAGAGUCCGCCGAAAAGUUCGUCAACUGGCGACGGAGGAUUGAGAAGCUUGAAGCCGUGUCGAGUAUGCAAUCGUACGGAUCACCGGCUGCGGUACUGCCAAGAUUUUAAAAAUCUUACGUAUGCGGAUCGGAUGAAAGUAGUGGAGCAAUGGAAGCUUUGCCGGUUGUGCUUGAAUGAGCAUGGUGUAGCACAAUGUAGAUUCAAACUACGCUGUAAUAUUGGAGAAUGUCGUCAGGCGCAUAACUCUCUCUUGCAUCCAAUGGACGGAGCAGUAGGGACUACCGCGCACAUUCGGACGAAAAAUAUAACAAUGUUCCGAAUGAUUCCGGUGCGACUGCACUGCGGAGAAAAGUCGAUCACCGUUCUAGCCUUUCUUGAUGAAGGCGCAUCGGUGACACUUCUUGAACGGAAACUUGCAGAUCGAUUGGGAGUAGUCGGUGUUCACGAAAAACUCACCAUCCAGUGGACGGCUGAUAUUGAGCGAGUUGAAAGAGAUUCGACGAGAACGAAUGUAUGGGUGUCGGCUGUUGGAGCGGAGUCCAAGGUGCUAUUGACUACGGUGCAUACGGUCAACAAGCUUAUGCUGCCGGCACAGGCGCUGGAUGCAAAAGCACUUAGUUGCCAGUACAGCCACCUCCGAGGAUUGCCAAUUUCCUCAUACAACGGGCGACCAGAGAUGCUCAUCGGGUUGAACAAUCUACAUUCCUUUGCUCCGCUUGAAGCUAAGAUUGGAACAGUCAUGGAACCGAUAGCUGUGCGGUGUCAUCUCGGAUGGACAGUGUACGGACCGAAACAAACGUUAAAUGUAGCAACAGUUGAAGGAUAUGUUAACCUUCACCAAGGAGUAACAAAUGAGGACCUCCAUGAUCUUUUAAAAAAUCACUACGCAGUCGAAGAGUCGGUGGUAGCAGUACAGUUGGAAUCCGUAGAAGACAUGAGAGCUCGCCAAAUCCUAGAGCUUACCACUAAGCGGAUUGGAGAUCGAUUCGAAACCGGUCUACUAUGGAAGACCGACUGUCCGUUAUUUCCAGACAGUUACCCGAUGGCGUUACGCCGGCUGAAGCAGUUAGAGAAGAAGCUGGAGAAGAAUCCGGACUUGCAUCGGGACGUACGCAAACAGAUCACCGAGUAUCAGGAGAAAGGCUACACACAUCUUGCUACGCCCGAAGAACUUGCUGAAACAGACCCAGAAAAGGUAUGGUAUCUUCCAUUAAACGUUGUCUUAAAUCCCAAAAAGCCGGGUAAGGUGCGCCUCGUGUGGGACGCUGCAGCAGCCGUCCAAGGCAUGUCUCUUAAUGCUCAGUUGUUAAAAGGGCCCGAUAUGCUAGUUCCACUAGUAGCUGUUAUAGCAGGAUUUCGAGAACGUCGAGUUGCCAUAGGUGGUGAUCUGCGCGAAAUGUACCAUCAAAUCAAAAUUAUUGCUCGAGAUAGGCAGUUCCAGCGCUUCCUCUUUCGAGACAACUCCAAAGAAGCUCCUCGUGUGUACGUCAUGGAUGUUGCAACAUUUGGAUCGACUAGCUCUCCCUGCUCGGCGCAAUACGUUAAGAACUGCAAUGCUAAGGAAUUCGCCGUACAGUUUCCAGAAGCUGCGACUGCAAUUAUUAAGCAUCACUACGUGGACGAUUACUUUGACAGCGUCGACACCGUUGAAGAAGCCAUUAGCCGGGCGAAAGAUGUACGAUUCGUUCACCAAAAGGGAGGUUUCGAGAUCAGGAACUGGGUUUCGAAUUCGAUGGAAGUACUUCACAGUCUGGGCGAGCAGAAACAGGUCUCGGCAGUCCAUUUCAUCGAUGAUAAAACGACGCCGCAAGAACGAGUGCUAGGAAUGAUUUGGGACCCAGCUAACGACGAGUUUUCCUUUUCUACAAAACACCGAGAACAACAUUUGCCUUACUUUAGCGGUGAACAGCGGCCGACGAAGCGUGCAGUGCUUAGCUGUGUUAUGGGAUUUUUUGAUCCACUAGGUCUGCUCGCUCCUUUCACGAUUCAGGGUAAAAUCAUUGUACAACACUUAUGGCGUGGGGGCUGCGAAUGGGACGAGUUUAUCGACGACGAAUGUUGGAUAAUGUGGAAGUCUUGGAUUAAUCUGCUUCCGGACGUAGAAAACAUUCGUAUACCACGCUGCUAUCUUGGAAGUUUUCUAUCGUCGGAGAUUGCAUCUGUUGAAGCGCACAUUUUCACUGACGCCAGUGAACAUGCGUAUGGUUGUGUGGCUUAUUUGAGAGUAGUUGUUGGUGGAUAUAUCCGGUGUACCUUGGCCAUGUCCCGAUCAAAAGUAGCACCGCUGAAGCGACAAUCGAUUCCCCGUUUAGAACUGAUGGCAGCCGUUCUGGGAGCUCGGAUGAGUCAAGCGGUGAUUGCUUCACACUCUUUGAAAAUCAACCGAUGUGUACUAUGGACUGAUUCACGAACAGUAUGGAGCUGGAUUCGAUCGGACCAACAUCAAUACAAACAGUUCGUUGCGUUCCGGAUCGGAGAAAUACUCGAGUUAACCCGAGCUACGGAUUGGCGAUGGGUGCCAACCAAACAGAACCAGGCGGAUGUUUUGACGAAGUGGCAUCGGGGUGCCUUAGAUAGUGAUGGAGAAUGGUUCAAGGGUCCUUCUUUCCUCUACCAAUCUGAAGAUCAAUGGCCAGUCCUUGAUGGACAGAUAGCGCAGACAAACGAGGAAGCUAGGGGUUACGUGUCCUUUCAUUGUGUCAUCGAUGUCGACAGGUAUUCGCGGUGGACUAAGCUUCAAAGAGUGACAGCAUACGUUGUCAGAUUCACAGACAACUGCAAGCGCAAGGUGGCGGGAGCUCAAUUACUGACUGUGAAGGCUACAAAAAAUCAGCAACGUGUGAUCCUAGUGCAUCUGCCAUCCGUCCAAUGUUCGUUGAAAAGGGAAGAGUUCCGAAGAGCAGAAAUCAUUCUAUGGAAACAAGCGCAAAGCGAAGGAUUCCCAGAUGAAAUAAGUGUGCUAUCCAAGAACCUAAAACAGAAAACCGGGGAGUUGAUGGAAACUGUAAAGAAGACUAGCUGCCUUUAUAAGUUGACGCCGACACUAGACGCGGAGGGUGUGCUUCGAAUGGGCGGUAGAAUGGAAUUGUCAGAAGAAAUGGCGUUCGAUAAGAAGUUUCCAAUAAUACUACCACGAAAAAAUGCAACAACGGAAAAGGUGAUCCAGUUCUACCAUGAGAAGUACGGUCACGCUAACCGAGAGACUGUGACGAAUGAGCUUCGUCAAAGAUUCUGGAUUCCAAACAUCCGUACCGCAGUUCGGCAAACCAUAAAUGAAUGCUUCUGGUGUAAAGUACAUCGAUGUCGUCCACAGGUCCCAAUGAUGGCUCCACUGCCGGCACAACGAAUUACGCCACAGUUUCGCCCAUUCCAUUCUGUGGGCAUUGACUAUCUGGGCCCAAUUGAAGUCAACGUUGGGCGAAGGAAGGAGAAAAGGUGGGUGGCAGUGUUCACUUGUCUUGCCAUACGUGCCAUUCACCUAGAAGUCGCCGCAAGCUUGUCGACACAAUCAUGUCUGAUGGCAAUCAGGAGAUUUAGCUGCAGGCGAGGUGUUCCCGGAGAGAUUUUUUCUGACAAUGCGACAUGUUUCAAAGGUGCUGACAAUGAAAUGAAGAUAAUUUUUGGCGAAUGUGCAGAGAAAGUAGUAAAUGCAACGACAGCAUGGCAUUUCAAUCCGCCAGCUGCACCGCAUAUGGGCGGUAUUUGGGAACGGAUGGUAAGAUCCGUGAAAGAAGCGAUGAAAGCAUUGGAUGAUGGGCGAACGUUGUCGGACGAAGUCUUGCAGACAACCCUAGCAGAAGCAGAAGAUAUGAUCAACACGCGACCGUUGACGUACGUGCCGCAGGAUGCGGACGAGGAAGCGAUCACACCGAACCACUUCCUUCGGGGAUCAAUCACGUGUGCGGACUUGGUGGUUGAUGAGAGCGCUGGAACAGCACUCGCACUGCGCAAUGCCUACAAGCGUUCGCAACAACUGGCGAACCAAAUAUGGAAAAGAUGGUUGAAAGAAUAUCUUCCGACAAUCAACAGACGGACCAAGUGGUAUGAGGAGAAGAAACCGUUACAAGUGAACGACCUGGUGUUCCUUGUGGACGGUAACAAUAGAAAGAAUUGGAUCAGAGGUGUCGUAGAAGAAGUGUUACAAGGCCCCGACGGACGAGUGAGACAAGCAGUUGUACGUACAGCUCGAGGAGUGUACCGGCGUGCGGUAGCCCAAUUAGCGGUGUUGGAGGUGAGUGUGAUCAACCAAAUUGAUCAAAUCCGAUCGAUUCGUGGGCGUGAAGCAUUCAUUACCUUCGAUAUCAUUAGGCAUUUGGAUGCAGUUCGCGACAACAUCGUCAUCGACAGCACGAUCCACGUCCCGGUGCCUAUACUGUAA